AUGAGUAUCUUAUUCAGAGCAGUACCUAUUUAUUGCAGUAUGUUUAUACCAGGAAAUUUGCGGCUUACUGCAUCUAAAUUAUUAGGCAGAAAUAAUGUAUUAUUCUUAUAUUACUCUACAUCUGUUAAGAAAAGGAUAAAUGAUUCUCUAAGCGUUAGCUUUGAAAAGAAUUUUCGCCAAAAAUUUGACGGUUUCGCUAUGAUUUUAUUAAAGAGAGGUACAAUUGAUAAUCUGGAUCCUAAUUUGUUCCGUGGCGAAAUAUUUAAUUUUUAUAAGAAAACAAAGCAGACACCUGAAGCUGAUUAUGUAUCUGUGUCUCCUUAUUACAGUCUUGUAAUGUCUAAUGAUAAUAGGUUUUAUGAAUUAAAACCGUUAGAAAAUCAGUAUGCCAUGUUUUGUCAUAAUAUUCUUUUAAAAGGAUUUUUAGGUGAAGGAUAUUUUAAUCGAAUACAUACAAUCUUUUUAUUAAAAGGUAUUUUGAAUGAAUUAGAUAAUAAAGACUCUAAAUUUGUAGAAGUAUUAAAUCAAUAUAAAGGUUAUUUUCAAUGUAUUAAAGAUAUAAAGGAAAUGAAAGCUUAUAUUGAACAGUACCUGUGUAGAAAGAAUAGUUUACCUCUUUUGCAAUGUACAGAAAAUACUAAUAAUGAUCAAGUUUAUAAACAGUGUAUGUUUUUAUUAAAUGAUGUUUACAAUUUUGUAAAUUUGUAUAGAAAAAUGUUAAUUGAAAAGAGUACUGAAGGUUAUAAGUUCAUUAUUUUUACUAUUGAAAAUUCGCUAUUUGAAAAGAGUACAGAGAAUAUCAAGUAUCUUAUAAAUAAUAUUGACUAUAAUAUUACAGUAGAAGGUAUGGGAGAACAUUACAAAAAAGGUAAAGAAAUAAAAUUUGAUAUUAAAGGUAGUGAUGAGCAGUGUUCUAUUGCUUUCGAUUUUAAGCAACUAAAGAGACGGCAUGCUGAAAAACUUAGGCUAAUUAUUGAAAGUGAAUUGGAGACUAUUACCGAAAUAAUUGAUGUGCCGCUUCAUAUUGAAAUGGAUGAUGUUGAUGAGCAUUUAUUAAUUAGUCCUUAUGAUUAA